GGAUCCGAGUCCUUAUUUCGCGAUACGCACCGAGACCUCUUCUUCCCUUCUUUUGGAUCGCCUCCUCUCUCUGUCUCUCUCUCUCUCUCUCUAAGAGCGAAACCUAGCUAGGGUUAGGGUUUGUGAUCCAUUCCCUCCGCCAUCAUGUAUCGAGUUGCUGGCUCCCGCCUUCGGGCUCUCAAGCGAAAUGCCUGUGAGACUGGAGUUCUUGGCGCUGCAACAAGAUUAGCUAGUACAGCUGUUGCAAAACCUUCUUCUGGAGGCUCCGGAUUCUUUGGCUGGCUCACUAGGGGUUCUCAGAAACUUCCCUCUCUGGAACUCCCUCUUGAGGGGGUCACACUGCCCCCACCCUUGCCUGAUAAAGUAGAAGCGGGCGAGACAAGGAUUACAACUCUUCCAAACGGAGUGAAAAUUGCCUCUGAAACAUCACCUAACCCAGCUGCUUCUAUUGGGCUCUAUGUAGAAUGUGGUUCUAUGGGGUGA